UAACCAUCACACGAGGAAGGACACACCCGCCAUUGAGUCACAUUCACAACGUGAGGCAAACGUUGGAGUGCAACUUGUCAAAAACGUGCAUUUUUUAAAAAAUUAUAUACCUAUCGCUGGUAUUUUGUCGGAAGGAUGGCGUACAGAGGACAAGGACAGAAGGUCCAGAAGGUUAUGGUACAGCCCAUUAACCUCAUUUUCAGGUACCUACAAAAUCGCUCACGGAUCCAGGUCUGGUUGUAUGAACAGGUGAACAUGCGGAUAGAAGGCUGCAUUAUCGGUUUUGAUGAGUACAUGAACCUGGUUCUAGAUGAUGCAGAGGAAGUCCACAUGAAGACUAAGAACAGAAAGCCACUGGGGCGGAUCAUGUUGAAAGGAGACAACAUUACCUUGCUGCAAAGUGUGUCCAACUAGUGUCAACAGAGACGACUACAAAUCUUACCUUUCCUAGAAAGAAAUUUCUCUCUUUUUUUUUUUUCCCAGAUGUUAAGUAUGUUUGUGUUUGUAUGACAUGAAUAUUGUAAUGGUUUCUUUCUAUCACAUGGUUCCAUUUUGAGAAUAAAGCUUUUUUUUCUUACA